AUGGUAUCCGUCCCAGGUGUUGAUCUUUGCCAAUUCCCUGCAGCGACGCCCCCCGCUGGAACCGUCCCAAAUUUCAAAGACCCUCCUUCUCAUGCCCCAGCACUGAUUGGAGUAACUUCUGUCAUGAUAUCAUGGUCGGCUAUAUUCCUCCUGGGCCGGCUCUGGGUUUCUCGACAUCGUUUCCAUAUAGCGGAUGUGCUCGACUACAUGCGUCACCAAUAUGACAUCCCCGCCUUUUGGUUCAAUGCCACAUAUCUGAACUGCGCAAUGCAGAUCCUCAUGCCGCUUGCACAUACAUUUUCAAAGGCCGCCAUCUUCUCCCUUCUGUUCCAGAUAUUUUCCAUCAACCGCAAGAUGAAGGUACCCAUCUAUGGCGGCCUGGUAUUCGUUGUCCUUGUCUACGGGUCCAACUUCAUCGUCGGCCCAUUAUACUCGGUGCCUUACGCGGGCGAGACAUGGGACGACAUGUUGAUUAAUCGCCGCCCUGCAAAACUUAUCACGGUUGGCUUGGUACAGGCUUUGUUCGCUGUGGUGAUCGACCUGUACAUUUUCUUCCUCCCUUUUCCAAUUCUCAAGAGUUUGAAUCUCAAGACGAGCAAACGGAUCCAGCUUGCUUUCGUGUUUGGAACCGCCUUGAUGGGCGUCAUUGCUAGUGUUAUUGGACUAGCUCUACGUGUUCCUUUGCUGACGUCUGAGGAUUCGAGCUGGGUACAAGGUCAAGUCUUCAUCUGCAUCAUGGUCGAGAUCUAUAUUGCCGUUAUAGUAUCCUGCUUGCCUGCGUUCGCAAAUUUCUCUAAAGUAUACAUCUCCUCGUCCAGCUUCUACAAAACUCUCACUUCCAUCGUUAUUAGCCUUAAGAGUAACAGCGAUGGAACUGGUUUCCCAUCGAGUAGCGAGAGUUGGAGGAUGAGAGCUAGGAAUGCAGGGAACAAACCAUCGGAUGACGUUAAGCUCAAUACCGAUGAGUUCGACCCAUACCAACAGUUCCAAGAUACGGUAGAUCUUACUUCGACAUGGAAUGGAACCACUGUUAAUGAGGCCACGGUAGGCUCAGUCUAUGACCGAGACGAGCCUGAGUCUGGCAUUCUGAGGAGAUACCAAUCUGAACAGCCACAUGAACCUCGCAGGGUAGAUUUAGGUACAAAUUAUCACACCCAACAUACUUAG